AUGCUGCUCCUCCUGCACCUGCUGCCCGCCGUGCUGCCCCCCGCCGCCCUGGCCAGCUGCAGCGGGGCUGGUGCCGAGCGGCAGCUCGUCCUGGCCAAGGUGCGGGCACGGGUGCUGGAGCACCUGAGCCCCCCAGUCCUGCAGGAGGAGCCCCAGAAGGAGGCGAGGAGGGUGCACCGCAGAGACGUCCUGGAAAGCGCCGACGUGCAGCCCGAGGAGCCGGAGGACACGUCGCAGGUGAUCCUCUUCCCUUCCACAGACGUGCCGUGCGAGCCCACGCAGCCGGACAAGCUGCUGGAAGAAGAAGGGAUCUUCACCUACCUUUUCCAGCCCUCGGCACACGCCCUGAGCCGCACGGUGACGUCCGCCCAGCUCUGGUUUUACACCGGCCCCUCGGCCGCCCCCAACCACUCUGCCCCCGACGUGCUGACCCUCUCCCCGCGGGGCCGGGUGCCGGUGGCGGCCACGGUGUCCCGGACACCCGAGCACUGGACCGUGUUUGACUUCGCCCCCGCCGCGCUGCCCCACCUGGUGCAGCCGCUCUUCGUGCUCCUGGUGCGCUGCCCCGGCUGCCCCUGCCUGGCCGACGGGGACAAGAUGCCCUUCCUGGUGGCCACCACGCGUGCCAAGGGCGGCGAGAGGGCUCGCCGCUCCGCCGUGCCCUGGUCCCCGGCCGCCCUCAGCCUGCUGCAGCGCCCGUCCGAGGACGUGGCCGCCCACACCAACUGCCGCCGGGCGUCCCUCAACAUCUCCUUCGAGGAGCUGGGCUGGGACAAGUGGAUCGUGCACCCCAGCAGCUUCGUUUUCCACUACUGCCACGGGAGCUGCGCCGAGGGCCACGGGCUGAGCCACCGGCUGGGCGUGCAGCUCUGCUGCGCCGCACUGCCCGGCACCAUGCGCUCGCUGCGCGUCCGCACCACCUCCGACGGCGGCUACUCCUUCAAGUACGAGACGGUGCCCAACAUCCUGGCCCAGGACUGCACCUGCGUCUAGCGCCUGGCACGGCACGGCCGGACCUACGCGGGGCUCCCCCCUGACCCCCAGGGCCCCCGCAGCCCUGCCCCAGCCCCAGAUGAUGAUCCCAUCCCAGGGGAUGGAGGAGUCGCUUGCUUGGGAGCUGCAUGGCCCGGGGCAGGGAUGAGAAGGACCCGGAGGGGAGGUUUCGGUGGUGCCACCCUCCUCUGUGCCAGCCAGGUUUCGUGGCCCCAGGCUGUCCUGGGUGUGUUGGUGCUGCCAGCCCUGCCCCCGGGCUGUGCCCAGCCCACAGCAAGCCAGGGCACGGGGCUCAGGACCGGCAGUGCCUUCCGCAGAGCUGCCGGCACGAUGCGUGCCCCACAGAGGCAG